AUGGAAGCCAUUGCCAGCCGCAAACGGAGCAAUCCACCUCGAGAUGCCAGUCCCAACGCUCUGGCUGGUAAGGUGGCUCUCGUCACUGGCUCUACAACCGGCAUCGGCGCUGCCGUUGUCAGAGAGCUGUCCGCCCGGGGUGCGUCGGUUGUGAUCAACUACGGCUGGCCGGAUCUCCGCGGCGCCGCCGAAGAAAUUGGCCAAAGUCUCUCAAGCCCCUGGAUCGCCGUCGAAGCCGACCUCUCCACCACAGAUGGGCCGGCGAAGCUUGUUGCAGCAACCGUCGAAAAGUUCGGCAAAGUCGACAUCUUGGUCAACAAUGCCGCCAAGGCCACGCUGGCGAAAGUCGAAGAAACCUCUAUCGACCUUUGGGAUGCGUCCAUGAACACCAACGUUCGCGGUGCGUUCCUUCUCUCGCAAGCCGUGCUGCCUCAUUUGCCUCCGAAAGCCGAAGGCGGCGGCGGAAGAAUCAUCAACAUCACAUCUGCCGUCGCAACAGACCCGGAAAUUCUUCAGACAGCUUAUGCCACCAGCAAGGGAGCUAUCACCACUUUAACGCGAUGCUUGGCUAAGGAGCUGCCGCCGACCUAUGGAUGCACCGUUAAUGCGGUGUCCCCGGGCAUUGUCAAGACCCCGCAGUUUCUGGGCGAGCUUCAGAAGAUGGGAAACGCCUUUUUAACUCAGAUAUUUGAUGCCCGCACUCCGGUCGAUGGUUGGAUUGGGUUGCCUGAAGACAUUGCCUUUGCGGUAGCAUUUCUGGCGGAGGACAGAGCUAGUUGGGUCAACGGUGCUAGUAUCAACGUCUCAGGAGGAAUGUUUUUUGACUGA